ACAAUAUGGCGCCGGGAGUAGAUUUAGCUUGUGAACCUGUCGUUGUCUAAAAGACUGGCGAUUUGACAGGAUGAACCUCUGCGCCCAAUACUUACGGCAGGCAGAGGCCCUGAAGGCUGACAUGACAGAUUCAAAGCUUGGUGCCGCGGAGGUCUGGACAUCAAGGCAGGCUCUUCAGGACUUGUACCAGAAAAUGCUGGUUACAGACCUGGAGUACGCCCUGGACAAGAAAGUGGAACAAGAUCUGUGGAACCAUGCUUUUAAGAAUCAAAUAACCACACUACAGAGUCAAGCUAAGAACAGGGCCAAUCCCAAUCGAAGUGAAGUUCAGGCCAAUCUCUCCCUGUUUCUUGAGGCAGCUAGUGGAUUCUACACACAACUGCUGCAGGAGCUGUGCACGGUGUUUAAUGUGGACUUGCCUUGCCGUGUGAAAUCGUCUCAGCUUGGCAUCAUCAGCAAUAAACAGAGCAGCACCAGCGCCAUAGUGAAGCCCCAACCCAGCUCCUGUUCCUACAUCUGCCAGCACUGUCUUGUCCAUCUUGGAGACGUUGCACGUUAUCGGAACCAAACCAGCCAGGCUGAGUCGUACUACAGACAUGCAGCUCAACUUGUUCCCUCAAAUGGUCAACCUUACAAUCAACUGGCCAUCCUGGCUUCCUCUAAAGGAGACCACCUCACAACAAUCUUCUACUACUGCAGGAGCAUUGCUGUCAAAUUCCCCUUUCCUGCUGCCUCCACCAACCUACAGAAAGCUCUUUCCAAGGCCCUUGAAAGCCGUGAUGAGGUUAAAACAAAAUGGAGCGUGUCUGAUUUUAUUAAGGCCUUCAUCAAGUUCCACGGCCAUGUUUAUCUCUGCAAAAGCCUGGAUAAGUUGAACACCCUGAGAGAGAAACUAGAAGAGCAGUUCCAGAGGCUGAUUUUGCAGAAAGCCUUCAGCUCCCAGCAGCUGGUCCACAUCACAGUGAUAAACCUGUUUGAACUGCACCACCUCCGAGACUUGAGCAAUGAGGCAGAUGAGCACAGCUACAGCUCGGAUGAGCAGAUCAGCUGGAUCCAGCUCCUCGGCCUCUUCAUGUCUUUCCUGGGUGUGAUGCUAAGCCGAGCUUUACUCAAUAAGAACCGAGAGGAGAUCAUGGGGGAGUGCCCUCUUCCUGCCAUCAAAGUGUCUCUGGACUGGCUGCGGCUUCGACCCAGUGUGUUUAAUGAAAGUGCCAUGGACAAGCGACAGUACAUCUGGCCAUGGCUGGUGUCCAUUCUGAACAGCUUUCAGCCUAAGGAGGAGGAUGUGUCAAAUGUAUCAGUGAUUCCACUUCCCGAGGAGUUUGAACUGCAAGGCUUUCUGGCCCUUCGGCCUGCUCUGCGAAUGCUGGACUUCUCUAAAGGGCAUCAGGGUAUCGUGGUUGGCAAAGAGAGCCUGUUAAUUCAUGCCCGACACCAGAAACUCAUCAGCCUGGGCAAGUGGGUGGCUGACAACCAACCACGUACCGAGCAGAAGAAAGAGGGCAAGAGAAAGAGCGAGGUGAAGAAAAACAGUCAUGAUAAAACAACGGAUGCUGGGAAACAGGUGAAGACUCAGACUGAGAUGAGGAAGACUCCAGUGUCUGAGGCGAGGAAGACUCCAGUCACACAGACUCAAACAACAUGCUCUUCACAGUUUAUCCCCAUCCAUCACCCAGGAGCUUUCCCCCCUCUGCCCAGCAGACCAGGUUUCCCCCCACCGGCAUAUGUGAUCCCUCCUCCCGUGGCAUUCUCCAUGAGCCCGGGUUUUACCUUCCCAACAGGUGUAUCCAUACCUGCACCCUUCCUCCAGACUGCUUCCCACCCUCAAUCUGCCAAUCCGGUGCAGACAGGGAAACCCUCACACAUUCCCUACAGCCAGCAGAGACCCUCGGGUCCUGGAGCCCUAAACCAAGGCCCUCCACAGUCUCAGCAGACACAGCCUCCCCCUCCACAGCCAUCCCAACAGGCCUUGCAACAAUCUGUACAGCUUCAAGUUCAACAACAGCAACAGCAGCAGUCGCCCACCAAGCAGAGCUCCCAGCUUGGAAAAAGUCCUCCACAUCAUCACAGCAUGCAACAGUCUUACAUGCAGGUGCCUGAACAGCCUGGUCAAAUGUGGAACCAGCACCAAACUCAGCCCACCAUGCAGAAAAUGCCCAUGCAGAUGCCAGUCAAACAGCCUUUCUUCAUGCCCACCCAGGACCCAAUGAAACUCUUUGAACACCCCAUGAGCAUGCAGCCUCCUCAGCCCAGCAUGGACAAGAAGAUGAAGUUUCCGGAGGUCAAAAUGCAGGAUUUCUACUGGGAGCCUUCUUACCACAUGGGAGGAGAGGGCAGGAGCGGAAUGGGGGACAGAAUGGGCAAACGUCAGCCUGGAGUCUUCUGCCCUGACCAGGAGAACAUGCCCAGAGGCCCUCCAUACGAAGACAACAAGAGCUCCCCUCUUCUGCCCCCAGACCUGUUAAAGACUCUGGCGGACUUUGAGGAGGAGGAGGAGCUGCUCUUUACUAAACCUCAUGAUUUCUACCAGGCCUUGGCUGGCCCUCUUAAUUCUGCUCCUGGAAGGAACAUGUUUUUGCCAAAUCAGUCACGACUAGACAGUGGAGCUGAUGUGAUUGGUCAAUCCUCUCUUCUCCCCCGAUUUUCCAUUCAGGAGAGCUCCUACCAGAACAACAGCAUUUUUAGCGAGGCCUAUGGUAAAAAUAUGGCUCCUGCAUCUAAGCCAGACAUACCCAUGAUGCACCACGAGCCUUCACUCUACUCCCUGUUUGAAGGAACUCCAUGGUCCCCCUCCCUUCCUGCUAGCUCAGAUCAUUCUACACCAGCCAGUCAGUCCCCUCACUCUUCCAACCCAAGCAGCCUGCCUUCAUCCCCACCCACCCACAGCCAUGGCUCCCUACUCUUUUCCAACUUCGGCCCCAUUGGGACGCCUGACAGCAGAGACCGCCGUGGUACCGAUCGCUGGAAGGCUGAUAAGACUGGUGUGAGCGGCUUUGGGUUGGACUACCUGCCUUCUGCCUCGUCCUCCUCUGUGCCAGAUACCAACAGCUGGCACCAGGGGGCGCCAACCAGCAGCUGGGCAGCCCAGGACAUGCCAAUGGAGGACUCCUCGACUGUCCUCCUUGACAGUUUCAAGUCAAUCUGGUCGAGCUCCAUGAUGCAGCCCGGUCCGUCUGCUCUGGAGCAGCUCCUGAUGCAGCAGAAACAGAAGCAGCAGCGUGGCCAUGGCAACAUGAACCCGCCACACUGAGAGUCCACGGGAAGACGCACUUGUGUGAAACAUGAUUCAACAGAAGAGGUGAAACACCACAAGCUCCAAUCGGAAAUUUCCGGCAUUACAUGCGCGCGGAGGCUGGAGACGGCGAACGAUGUGACGCGGCAGGCUCAAAACGAACCGCUCGCCUGACCGACGAUGGACGUGCAGCCCUCUCCUCUCCUCUAUCUCUCUCACUCACUCUGUCUGUCUCUCUCCCUGUGAGGGCGUGCAAGCACCUGACCUGUCACGCUGCUCCGCACGUAGCCGCUGCAGAACACUGACUCUGAGGGGGAAAAACUCUCUCUGAUUGCCACCUCUCUUCCUCUGGGGGUCAAAGGUCAUUCUCCUGUCUCAUCUGGACUUAAGACUCUGGACUAGACACCCUCAUGCCACCUGCUUAAAUCGCUCUGUGUGACCGGCACGCCGCACGUUAAGGAGUUGGGUGUGUGCGUAUCAGAAAGGGAUGUUUAUUGACUGCAGACGUGGUAUUACGAGGGACAAAAAAAGAAAGAAGGACUGGCUUUGUGUUUUAUUCUAAGUCUGGAUUCAUUUUCUCAGAGGGAUUCGUGUCGCUGUGUUUAGAAUAAAAAAAAAAAAGAAUGAAUGAAGGAUGAUGCGAACGGCGUGAAAGUGCGCUUCUAGAGAAUGUGCUCGGAUAUUAGAUUGACACAGGCAUGGAUCAUGGUGUUGUCAUGUACAGUCUGUUGAUUUGUAAGAAGAGUUUGCAGAAUGGGACAGGGAACGUCUCUAAAGUUCGAACCAUUAUGAAGCUCAUAGCGACAUUAUAGCUCGAUCAGUAUCAAGCGGAGUUGGGGGUUAGACUAUAGAUGUAGGAUGUAGUUAUCAUUAGCUGCAAUAGAGACUGCAAUUAUUAACAAUACUGUAUUUUGUGACUUGUUCUGUAGCAGUUUUAGCUCUCUGAAAUAUUAUUCAGUAAAUAUGUUCAAUAGUUUACUGCUAACGGGGGAGUUCAUUCGCUAUAAAUGUGUGCCUCCCCUUCUCUCUCCUCAUUUCUUUAUUCUCUAGCUUAAAC